UUCGGUGACGUGGCUUGGAAUUUCUCACAUAAUAGCAGAAAUCAUGACUCUGAAUAGUGGCCCGUUAUGUAGUUUCGGCAUCAUAGCCGAUGUUCAGUAUGGCGACAUUGAUGAGAGGUACAAUUUCCAUAAAACUCGUCUAAGGAAUUACAGGAAAUCUCUCGUUCUACUCGAACGCGCGAUCAGGAGCUGGACAUCCGAGGGAGUGGAUUCCGUUCUACAACUUGGUGACAUCAUAGAUGGAUUAAACAAGGUACACAACGCUUCGAGAAAUGCACUGUCAUCAGUUACUGAUGUUAUAAAACUGUUUCCGGGUCCAGUUUACCACACGUGGGGAAACCAUGAACUGUAUAACUUCACACAGGAAGAACUCCGCGGAUCUGAUCUAUUCAGUGGCAACAUGCCUCAGUGCGCAUGUCCUGAAGGAAAGUCAUAUUACUCUUUCAACCUACACCGGAAGUUGAAAGUUGUAGUGCUGAAUUGUUAUGAAAUAAGCAUGCUGGGGCUACCGAAGCACUCAGAAGAAUACAAACAAGCAGAAAACCUCAUCUUACAAAAUAAUCCUAAUGAGAGUUUGAACAACCCAGACGGACUUCAGGGAACAAAUCGUCGGUUUGUCAAACUAAAUGGACUGGUGUCUGAUUCGCAACUGAAAUGGCUGAAAGAAACUUUACAAAAGGCUACAAAUGACGAGGAAAAUGUCAUCAUAAUGGGUCAUGUCCCUAUUUGUGAGCACAGUGCAGAAAGCAUGUUUUUAUGUCUGAACCACACAGAAAUCAUGGAAGCAAUAUCUACAUAUAGCUCAUGUGUAAUCUGCUACUUUGCCGGUCAUUUCCACGAGGGCGGAAGUUAUGUAGAUAGUUCCGGUAUACUGCACGUGACUUUUGCCGGAACUAUAGAAAGUCAGGAAAUGGAUGCCUAUGCAACAGCAUACCUCUAUAGUGACCACUUAGCAAUACGGGGCAAAGGAAGUUACUCUUCAUAUGAAACAAAACUCAAAUUUCCCUAUGAUCGGAUCUAGACCAACUCAGAAGCAGAGGAACACAUAAUGAUUUUUUACCACUUAAGGCGUUUUGUUUUGCGAAUUGUGAAAAUGAAGUCGAUAUAUCUAAAACCUGACAAAAUAAUAUAUAAUAAUAAUAAUAAUAAUUGACGCUACCAUACAUACACAGGUUCAUUUCAUGGCAAUAUUCCACAGAAAAUCCUUAUAAUGUUUUUACCUUUUUUACGUUGACUUCGAAAUUGGCAUUUUUUUAAACUUAUUUUAUUUUGUAUGUUUAUUAUUUUUGUGUUUAUUUUUGUAGGUUUUUUGUUGGGGCUUUUUUCGACAUUGACCUGCUAAUAUUAGAAUUGUCAAGUCAGACAUUUGCCAUGUGCUUUAUAGAGAUUUUAACAAGUACAUUUAACUGUUAUAGAGCGCUUUAGGCUACGGUAUACAUUUUGAAUUUGAAACAUUGGUAAUAACAAUGAUUUUUGUGUUUGAUACGGUCAGAUAAUGUUAUAUUAAUGAUACGGUCAGAUAAUGUUAUAUUAAUGAUACGGUCAGAUAAUGUUAUAUUGAUGAUACGGUCAGAUAAUGUUAUAUUGAUGAUACGGUCAGAUAAUGUUAUAUUAAUGAUACGGUCAGAUAAUGUUAUAUUAAUGAUACGGUCAGAUAAUGUUAUAUUGAUGAUACGGUCAGAUAAUGUUAUAUUGAUGAUACGGUCAGAGAAUGUUAUAUUGAUGAUACGGUCAGAUAAUGUUAUAUUGAUGAUACGGUCAGAUAAUGGUAUAUUGAUGAUACGGUCAGAUAAUGUUAUAUUAAUGAUACGGUCAGAUAAUGUUAUAUUAAUGAUACGGUCAGAUAAUGUUAUAUUGAUGAUACGGUCAGAUAAUGUUAUAUUGAUGAU